GGGGCCCUGCAGCCAGAGGCCUGCGGCUCGGCGCUCCCUGCCCCCCGCCGGCGCUGCCAUGGAGGCUGCAAGUUUGGAGGCGGCUGGGAAAGGUGCCCUCUAGCCCCGCACGCCAGGCUGGGAGCCGGAUCUAGGCAAGACGCAGGAGAGGAGGCUGUGGGGGGGUUCUCUGCCCCCCACCCCAAUCCGGAUCCGUGUCUGGGGGGAGCGGGGGCCCUGGCUGUGCUGAGCCCCCCCACACACCGGCUUUGCCCUUGUCCUGUGCCAAUGCAACACCUCCGUUGAUGACACCCAGCAGCUGCCAGCAAGUUCCUCCUCUUUUCCCCCAGGCUUGGACUGUUAAUUUUGUUGCAAUGGAGACUGUGUCCCUGGAGCAUCAGAUCCAGAGCGUGCAGCGACACAUUGCCUUCCUGAAGAAGGAACAGAUGGAGCUGCUGCGUGACCUGCACCUGGAGAUCCUUCGACUGCAGAAGCAUUGCUCAGAGCUGACCCAUGAUCUUGAAAUGAAGGAGCUGGAAGCCCGUCGACAAGAAGUCAUCGAUCGGGAGCUGGAGGACAAGUGCAAGAUCAUGGAGGCUCAGCUGCAUGAGAAGGAGAAGGACAAUCUGGACCUGAGGAAGGAGCUCCGACACAAGGAGGCCUUGGUGGCUGCACUGAGAUCCAACCUCAGGAACAAGGAGAGGAAAUUCCUCGAGGAGCUGAAGAGGAGGAGCCAUCGGGUGACCAUACUAAACACAGAGCUGCAGAAGCAGACAGAGGCUGCUGCUUACCUCUCCUUCCAGCUCCAUUCCACCAAGCAGACGCUGCACAGCUCCCAGCAGAGCGGGAAGCCCCCCUCCGACAGGCCACUGGACAAACCCUUGCCUACGCAACCUUCCGGUGAGGUGAAACCUAAAAAGCGCAGUCACAAGGCUCAUGUUCGGAGGCUGGUGACUGACUGCUCCUUUAGCAAAGGGGUUAUGAAGGACUCUUUCCAGAGGGAGAGGAUGAGCAGCUUCGAAGACACAGAUCCCAUGCCUGACCCAGCACUUUUUUUAUACACCAGGAGGCACCAUGCACCCCACCGUCAGAAAUCUGAGCCCAAAACUGAGGGCCUUAAAAAAGCAGGGGCUGAUCCAAAUGACAGUGCUGCUACAAGCAGUGGCCUGCAGAGGCCAUUUCAGCAGCUUUCCCAGGAGCAGGUGGAAGCCACAAGCCCCAGGUCUUCAGCUAAGACCAAGCCCUCUAGGGGCAAGCAAGGCAGGUGUCAUGGAUCCAGCCCCAGCACUCCCAAAGACUCGGAAUAAAAACAAAGGAAAAGGAACAAUGCAACCAUCCCAUGCAGCAUCGGAGUCUGGCUAUACCAAAAAAAGAGAGGAGAGCCUACGCAGAUUUCCUGCCCCCUUGUCUUCACGAAAUACAAUGUUGGGCUGGGGGAACUGCUCAUUCUGGCUCCCCUAACCACAGCUCCCUUUCCUUCUGCUAAGGGAGAAAGAAAUGAUCUCACUUGUCUAAAACGGAGAUUUCUUCUCAGAGGGAUGGUGGGGCAUGGGAGUGCAGCAGCCAGCAAUGCUGAGCGUGUUUUGAAUGUUGGUAUGGAGUCAACUCCAAGAGAGAAUGAAUCCAGAUGUGGAAUGUGGAGAGAGUUUUUGGGCAUGGGAAUAGGGGAAGGAAUGGUGGUCAAGCGCUGUCCAGAGCUUCCCUUUCUUAAAAAUGAACAUGUCUGAGACUAAAACCUCUUUCUGUUAUUGUCAUCAUUGUUCUCUUUAGAGGAGAUAGUUUUUAUUUUCACUGGCACUAGGUAGAGGGGGGUGGGGGGAAGCAGGGAAUGGCAGAAUUGCACAUAUAUGAGUUCACCGAUGGUGAACACAGCAAUGGGCAGGAUGAGCCAAAGUCACCCCUAGUCUCGACUUCAUGAUGUGGUGAAGUUUGGACAAGGAUGGACUUGAGCCAGAAUGUCUAAUGUCCUCCAGGUUCUGGAGGAAUUUAGGGAGUUGAAAGACAAUCGGUCAAGCUGGUCUAAGAGGGAUUUCUACCCCAUCUGCAGGCCUUGCCAAUCAUGUCUGACAUGGUCACACAACAAUGUUUUGCUUUAUAUUUUUCACCCAAAUUCCUCCCUCAGGAUAAACCUGUUGGACAAGAUUUUCAAAAGUAGCCUCUGAUUUGGGGUGCUUCCCUUUUUGGGGUAUCCAGCCUGCACUAUCAGAAAAGGGCCUGAUUUUCAGAAGCUGAUUUUCAGACAUCCAAAAUCACUAAUCACGUGUGCUAGCCUGGACAUUGUUUUGCCUGUUGUUACAGCAAGUUGUCUGGAUGUGUCCUUGCCACUCCACAUCCCUGACUGAUUUUUUCCCACAACUGUCUAUUACAACUGCUGCUUAGACACCAAGCUCUUGUUUUUAAAUUAAGUUACCAAUCAUGUGUUACUUUCCCACUGGAGCCUUAUUCAGAAGACUAAGUAACUAAAUUAGUAAUGAGAUGCCCAAAGAAGAGAUCUCAUGCAUUGCAAAUAAAUAGAAAAACAUUCUUGUGGCAAAGUCAGCUGCUCAUUUCUGCUUUGAAAUCGAUAGGAGGUUCUAAGCAAAACAAAAAUCUGUCUCCUUUGGGGCUUGGUCUCAUCUCUGGAACUAGGUAUUCGUAUGUCCCCCAACUCACUCCAGUUCAGUAUAGCACUGCAGUAAGGGAGGGAAGUGCUAUCAAAGGCAGACAGAAGGUUAAGUUCUCAUUGUAUGACUUGAAUGGGAGCUGAGGCAGAAGCUACUUUAUUUCAUGCAGGAUGAGACCCUCAGCUACUCUGCAAGCAAAAUGCUGACCCACAUAGUUUUAACUACCCAUUCUAUCCACCUGGCCUUUUCCUUAUACCCCUUUCCAUGACAGCUACCGAAAAUGCAGUGGAUAGAUGAAUCUUGUGGUUCCCCCCCUCUGCACUGAUAAUCAAAAGCCAAGAAUGAUAUCACACUUAACAAGCCAAACAUUUGCUGUUUGUGUAUUUGGGGACACCAGUCAUACAAGGGUGUUUCAGAAAGGAACAGCAAUUUCAAAAUAAAACCAUAUGUGUGCAAUGGUUGUUUACCGGACUACAUCACUUCUCUACACAGUCAUAAAUGGUGGAUGAGUUCAACCACCAUUGGUGUUCCCAGCUGCUGUGUAAUUUCCCCUCAUUACACACAAAAUGGUUUUAUUUGGAAAUUACAGUUGCUUUCUAAGACACCCAGGUAUUUACCACUAACCUGAGAUCAUCAAUGCAGCACUCACAUAUGAUAUGCACCUCUUUUUGUAGUUCUGUACUUAUAUGCCAUAUUAAAAUAAUUUUCUGAGAUUCCAGUAGCAAUUACUAGCACAGUUUUUGGAAUGAUAAAAAUAAAACUCAGAGUAUAUAUAUGAUCUAUAGUUGAGCUAUAUUUUUUUUGAUUGAGAAGUGAAUCUGUUCUUUUCAAGCCGUGUGUAAGGAUCUUACUAUCCUUCUUCUUUUGCCCCACCUUGGGAGGCCCUUUAAGAGCAUGAGGAACCUAUACCCAAGGCAGGACUGACCUGAGUUCUUUAAACACAGUCUUGAAUUUGAAGUGCAACCCCACAGUAUGAGCUGUGUAGACCUCUGUUUAGCACAAGACUUUGUUUCUAAUUUAAGCCCAAAGGGUCAGGUUUUUAAAAGUACCUAAGGACGAAGCUGAAAACCAAACAGGAUAUUUUUAAAAGCACUGAGGCAGGUGAAGCACCUAACUCCCAGUGCUAUCAUUGGGCACAUAACCUCCACAGGUGCUUUUGAGUAGCCCAUUGAUGUCUAGCUUCAUUUUUAGGCACUGAAUAUCUUUAAAAACCUGGCUGUGAUUGCCUGAUCAUUUCCAAAGCAAAAAACAGAAGGAUGUAGGAAUAGAUUCAGAGCUGUGCUUCUGAGUGCUCUUCCAUUAGCUGCUGAAGGGCAUGAGUGAUACGGAUAUCAAGAUGUUUUCAGGGCCAUUUACUGGAUUGCUAGCUGCCUUCUAUUUUGGGGAUAGAGCUCAUUAGACUCCUCUUUAUUGAUGUCUUACGCUGAAGCAGUAGACGACCCUUUUCGGUUCUACUCUGUUGCUAUUCAAAAGCUGUCUUUGUGCUGCAACAGCUAACUGGAAUCAGCACCAGGGGAGCAGAGCAGUUUUUUUCUACCAGCACAGCUAACAGAGCCUUGUCUCUCUCUCAAAAGCUGAAGUUUCUGGAGUGAACAGGCUUCCCUGAAUCUUGCCUCCUCCUCAAGGUCUUCUUCCCCCAUAUUUUCUCACUACUACUCUACUGCACUCCAGUAUCCAGAGCUGUUGGUGCCCUCUUGCAUUAGUGACAACCUGCACUGUGAGCUGAUGCUUGGCAAAGGGAUGAACUGAGUCUUAACAUGGGGCAUGAGAAAAGAAAGAGGUAAUCUGGGACUAUUAUCUCAGCCAAUAUAUUUCAGCAGCCAAGCAGUGAGUGAAACGAGAUCCGUAGCUGCAUGUUUUACUGUUUGUGUCAACGCUCACACUCCUGUGUAGGAGGCAAGCAAUCCUUGCAUUAUUCAGAGGCCCUCUCCAGAUUGAUUAUUCCAUAACCAGCACUGAUAUAAUUCAUCGAGAUUUACAGAAAGUGAUAUUCCCAUGAGCAGUUCCAGUUAGACAUUCAGAGUCACGUCCCCAACUGGUAUUAAAUUGACACAGGCUCACUGAAGUCCAGCAGGGAGCUACACUACUGUACAUCAUUUAAAGAACCACCCUUAGCAAUUAUGUUCCAUCAGUGCUUGUUGGUGUGACUGUGGCUACAAAAAUGUUCACUGGGCUGGACAAGCUUCCCUAAUAAUUACUGGAUCUCUUGUCUGUAAAGCUUCUUAUCUCUGAGUGGCUAACACUGCCCCAGAUGCCCAGGCAGCAAGGUCUGCGGAAAAGUCAGGCACAUCACUACUACAAAUCCACAGUACUAACAACAGAAAAAUGUCAGAGUCUCAUGUGAUGGGUCCAGUUUUGCAAUAAAGCUAGGAGAUGCUGUCUUCUAUUGCACAAUGAUUAAAAAGAAAGGGCCCUCUGGUGGCAAAGUCGUGUAACGGGAUUCCUCCCCUCCCAUGAGCACAGAUUGUUUGCUACCCUGCUUGGAUGGACACAAUUUGAUUAAGUCAAACAGUAAAAGCAAUAAGCAAUUUGCAUUGCAUUGUGUAUGUCAUACCUGUGGAAAUGCAGUAUCCCUUCAACUUGAUUAAGAUUUGUAACAUGCAGGUAAGGAACCUCGCCUUUGUAAAUGGUAAUGUCUCUCAGGUUCGCAGAGGUUCCGCUGAGAACAUUUCUCUCCUUUUUAUUAAUUUUAAUAUGACAGAUGCUAAUAAAGUCACUGUGCACUUCUUAGGUGGGUUUUAUGAUAGUUAUGGCCUACACAGCUUUUUUCCCCCAUUCCUGCACAACCCUGACAUUUUAUUAAGAUACAGAGAUCACAGCAGGGUUUAAUAUUAAAAACAGAAUUAGUAUUAUAGCGCUUCUUUGUAAAUGAUUUCCUAGCAAUCACCUAUUUCUUAGUGCCUGAUAUGCAAGUGAAGCAACUUCAUUGGAGCUGUAGAAUCUUUUCCACUUUACCAAGAGCUACAGGCUCAUUCAAGGGAUUUAUUUAAUUUCCAGCUCUGUCGAGCCACACCUACUCUCCCCUGUACCCCACUUACUCUCCCCGUCCUUUCUUAUCCUUUCACACAGGCUACUGAUGCACUGAAGCCAAGUGACCAUGUCUCUGUCUAGUAGGUAUCACUGGAAUCUUGCAAAUCAUAGUUACAGGGAAGAAGCAGGAGGGGAAGCUAUAUAUUUCAACACACACCAAACAAGGCACGCAGUCCUGGGUCUGAUCCUGGUCUGUCUUACUCCAAGUCAAGUUCUACUGAUGUCAAUGGCGUUCCUUUUGAUUUACACUAGUCCGAGAGAGGAGGAACAGGGCCAGUAUUUUUGAUGAGCCAUAAAAAGAGACAGAGGCGCUAAAUGGAGCACUUUCUAUUCCUAUGAGCCAAAUCCUGAAGCCCUUCCUUGGUUUUUAUUCACUUGUUCCUCUAGCAAAGCCUUCUGUUUAGCCUCCCUCUAGCAAAGCUCUCACUGGCUUAACAGAGGGUUUCAUCCAAGUGAAAAACUGAGAACUAGAUUGUGGUGGCUGGACUCCCUGUGUAAGAUACCAUUCACCAUAAUCAAAGUUGCCACAAUCUGGCCCUGGAGUAAGGGCAGCAGGAUCUUGCCCUGUAUAGUUAAUACUGUACUUUGAAGUUCAUUGCUAGGGCCAGACCCUUAGGUAAGAAUUCUUACCCAACAGUUUGCAGGAUCUGCCCUGAAACUUUGUUAUUGGCCUUUUUAUUCUUUGCUGUGUUUUUGUGGCUGAGGAAGGCUCUUACAAAUGUAUAUUUAGUUGUUUUAAAGAGAAAGCACUGUAUGACUGAAACAGGGAUGAUGCUGAAACUAAAAAUAUCUGUUUUUUUAAUCUUUGUAUUUAUAUAAAAUGAUCAAAAAAGGGGGUGAGAGUCAGUGUUCCUACUUUUUAAUCAAAUGUUAGACACAGAGAGGCCAAUGAAAUGACACGCACCUAAUGAAAUAUAAGUUCUUUUGCUACUGUUGAUGGGUGAGCGUGUUUACAGACUCUCUCUUGUGUCUGGGUAUAAACUAGCUAUGAGAAUGUAAUUAUAUAAGAGAUUUGUAGAGUAUGUUUAUUCAGUGCUAUCACAGACUCCCUGCAAGUCAGAAAGGGUAAACAUAAUUUCUGUCUAUACUGUAUAUCUCUAUAUAUAAUGUACAUACACACACACACACACACACAUAUAUAUAUCAGGGAAUGUAACAAAUUAAAUCUACAUGCUUUGUAUACAACCAUUUAAUGCUAACUUGUAAAGCUUCACAACUAGAUUGGAAAUGGAUGCAUAGCAAUAACACAGUUGUUAAAUGAUGUCUUAUA